AUGAGCUCUCCCAACUUCCUUCGUUCCACUCGACUUAUGAAAGCAACUAAAUUCUCCGCAACUUCGCCUUGCAUGUGCUCUUCUCCCAUCACAGAGAAAUCAACUAAUUUCUCCACUUUUAGCUCUAACUACCUCGAAACCGACAUCCCUCUCCAAGCCUCCACCCGCUACACCGCUAUACAACCCGUGCACUUCGCUUCUGCUCUUGCCUUAUCCUCUAGCACCAACAACCCACUCAUUGGAUUUGCAACCCAUGCCCAAAUUAUCAAGCUUGGCUUUUCAAAUGAUAUCUUUACAAACAAUAACUUGGUUUGUAUGUAUUCAAGGUGCCAGCUUUUGAACUAUGCGCUUAAGCUGUUCUGUGAAAUGCCUCAAACAAAUCUUGUCUCCUGGACUUCCAUGAUCUCCGGUUGCAUCCGCAGUGAUGAGCAUGAGACUGGCUUGGCAAUAUAUUUGGAGAUGAUGAGGUCUGGUUUUCAUCCUAAUGAAUUCGCCCUCGCCAGUGUCUUGAGUGCAUGUGCUGCGCUUGAUGCCAUUAAGCUUGGGAACUCCUUCCAUGCAGUUUCUUUCAAGAUGGGCUGUGAGAGGAGCUCCUUUCUAAGCAGUUCUCUUCUUUUUAUGUAUGCUAAAUGCGGAAAUAUCGAUGCAGCAGAGCUCGUGUUUGACUGUAUAGAGUAUCCAGAUUUUGUUUGUUGGAACGCAAUGGCUGAGAGCUAUUCUUUCUGUGGUUAUGGUUUUGAUGCAAUGAGGAUUGUACGUCUAAUGCAUGUAAAAGGUUUUCCUGUAGAUAAAUUUACCUUUUUUAGCGCUCUUAAAGCCUGCACGGUUUCUGAAAAUGUGAAUUUUGGGCGGCAGCUUCACAGCUUAAUCAUCCACCAUGAGUUAGAAUCCAAUACUUCAAUGAUGAAUUCACUCGUGGAUGUGUACUUCAGGUAUGAAAUGACAGACCUUGCAAUGGUAGUCUUUCAUAGAAUACAUGAGAAAGAUAUUGUCUCAUGGAAUACUGUAUUUUGUGGUUUUGCUGUCACAGAGGAUGUGAAUAAAGUUGCAGCCUUGUUUUCCAACAUGUUGCACAGUGGCCUGAAACCAAAUCAAGUAACUUUUUCUGCCAUAUUUAGACUUUGUGGUGCGAGCGAAAAUGUUUGCUUGGGGCUUCAGUUCAGCUGUUUCGCUCACCAUCUUGGAUUCUUCCAUUAUCCUCUUGUGGUUAAUGCACUCAUCAAUAUGUUCUCUAAAUGUGGAUUAAUGGACAAAGCAUUGUUCUUGUUCAACAGCCAUGGAGACAGCACCACCAUUACGUAUAACGAGAUGAUAGCAGGGUGUAACAUGAACUAUCAUUUUACUGAGGCGUUGUAUAUUUUCAAAUGCUUGACCAAAUAUGGCUUUAGAGCAGAUGAAUUCACAUAUACUAGUGUUUUGAGCUCUUGCCAUGGAAUCCAACAACAGAAAAUAGGUGAACAAAUACAUGCUAGAAUCAUCAAAUCUGGUUUUAAUUCCUGCGGGUAUAUAUGUACCUCACUAAUUAACACUUAUGAACGAAUCGGUUCACUGCGAAACUCUUAUAAGAUCUUCCAAGGUGUUGAGGUUCGGGAUCUGGCUACUUGGGGAGCGAUGAUUUCAGCAUUUGCAAGGCAAAGCUUUAACAAUGAGGCCUUCUCCCUUCUCAAUUUUAUGAGAAAAUUUGGUGCAAAUCCUGAUGAGUUUAUUUUUGGCAGCAUUCUUAAUUCUUGUGCUGAUAAUGGUGUCCUUAAUCAGUGCAGGUGUAUCCAUUCUCUUGUGAUUAAGACAGGGUAUGAGAUGAAUUGUUACUUGGGUAGUGCAGCCAUUGAUGCUUAUGCUAAGUGUGGAGAUAUCAUUAGCUCAUGGAUGGCUUUUAAUGGUGUUUCACGUGAUGUUAUCCUCUUCAACACCAUGAUUACAGCUUUUGCUCACCAUGGAAUGAUCAUGGAAGCUAUUGAAAUCUUAGAAGCAAUGAGAAGGAUUAAUAUGCUUCCGACUCAGGCUACUUUUGUCGCUGUUCUCUCGGCUUGUAGGCAUCUUGGUUUGGUGGAGGAGGGGCAGUUGGUCUUUGAUUCCAUAAGCUCUGUGCAUGGCAUGGUACCUUCUAAGGAUAAUUAUGGCUGCUUGGUCGAUCUUUUAGCUCGGAAUGGGCUUUUUGAGAAGGCUAAAAUGGUGAUUGAAAGCAUGCCUUAUGAACCUUGGCCGGCAGUUUGGAGGUCGUUGUUGAGUGGCUGUGGAAAUUAUGGAAAGAAAGAAAUAGCUAAGCUGGCUUCAGAGCAGCUUCAGCUACUGCAAGGCGAUGAUGGUGCGUUGGUGUUGUUAUCGAAUACUUAUGCUGAGGAUGGGAGGUGGGAAGAAGCAGAGAAUAUGAGAAUGAGAAUUGUAAAGCAGGCUGUUUACAAACUGCCAGGGUUUAGUGUAGUUGGGUUAUAA